AUGGAAGGUAAAAAAAAGACGCUCUUCAAUUAUAUCUAAAUACUUCAAGUGAGGGUCUGAAUGUGGAGAGGCAUGUUUGUGCUAGAGUGAUGAGAUCCAGGUGUUGUUUUCAGCUGCACACUCAGAUGAAGAUGCGGUGGUGGAGGAGGGAGUCAGUCCGAAUCAGAGUCCUCUGGUCGAAAUUUCCUUCCAGAGAAACGUCAACAGAAAGCGCAAAUACCUGGAGGCUGAACCCAAGUUUCUGGGGGUGAGCUGCCCCGAGUGUCGAAGAAAGUGUGUUUUUGAGAUGACAUCAAACACGAGUUUGUGAUAUUUAAAUAUGAGGUACUCUCUGUGCUGUUCCAGGUCACCCAGAUCGGCAUGAGCGCUUAUCAGAUCAUCUGCGCAAGCGUGUUUCUGGCCAAUGACCUGGGCCGACCGGGCGGAGACAUCGCCUUCAUCAUUGCAUGUGUACUGGUGAGCACCUGUCAACCACCUGUGCAACCAAAAAUCAAAAUAGAUGAUGAGAAGAUGGGCGACAGUGAUAAAGGGAUAGAGGAAAAUUGACAUAUGUGUGAGAGUCAAACUUACAGUAUAAACAGGUGCAUUACAGGACUGCGUGGACUAACACGGGUCAUAAGGUCUGACUUCUAUAUUGACUGUAGACACCUCUCAUCAUCAAAGUUCACUUUUUAUUUGUCGUGUCCUUCUCCUGCUGAGCUGACUUUGGUUCUCCCCUCCAGCAGGUUGUUUUUUCAGCCUUUUGACCUCCACUCUUGGUCCUAAUGUUGACGACAUUUAGACGGUGUGAUGUCUAUGUCCUUCUCAGGUUAUUAUCGCGGGGAGCGUGGCUGUAGCAGCACAGAACCUCCACCUGCCAACAGUGAGUCAUCAUCAAUCAGUAAACUUGUAUUUCAGCUUUUUUUUAGUCAGUCAAAGCUUGAAUGAAGGAUGUAUGGAGCUCUUUUAGUCAGCGUCUAGCACAGAGAAGGAGCAGACAGGAAACUCAAAUACUUAUGCUGAUAGAUCCACUCUUGUUUUUCAUGUGUCAGCUCAGAGCAUGUUUGGGGAUGCAGAUUGUGGCAUGUGUAGCUUCAGUCUUCAACAUGAUCUUCAAUAUUGUCAAAAUGGAGAUGAUAUAUUACUCCUGCUGGUACUACGGUGAUGACAACAACACCCUUCACAUCAGAGAAACCUGCCACAAAGUUGUGGUGAGUCAAAAACCUUGAUUUACUAUAAAGUUAAAUGAACUUACAUAAAUCUUACUGUUUUACUUUUUAAAAUCUCACACAUAAAACGUCAGCAACAGUUAUUUCAGAGUUUGAAGUCCUGAAAUCACCUCAGUAAACACAACUGUGUAUUUUAUCUUGUUUUCAUGUCAUCCUCUCUCCUCUUGAAGUCCACACAGUCCCAUUUCCACGCUGAAGGUGUGCUGAUUAAUGUUUGUUUGAUGGCCAUCUCUGUGACUUUAGCCGCUUACUGCUGCAAGGUGGUCAACUGCUGUGCUCCAGCUCCAAAAAUGGUGAGUGAAAACAGACGGUGACUUAUCUAACUGGAUGAUCAAUUCUUCACCCAUGCAGGUGAAACCACUGUGAAAUGUUUGCAUGAUACAAACAAGUGUUUAUCUCCUUAAUUUUACAGGUAUCUCUCUUUCUUAUACAUAUUAAGCUUAUUUUAGGGCCCGGCCGAUUUAAAAUGCAGAGAAUACGAUUUGGUUUCACUUCGAAAAUGUUCUCCUGUCGGCAUGAAGAGCAUUAGCCUAUCGUAUAUAGUAUACUGUAGAUAUCAAUAGUAUAUGUAUAUUUUUUAUAACUUCAUAAGAAAUUUUAAAAUUCAGCCCAGUCUGAAGGAGUCAACCUUUUAAUUUGACUCUUUUUCCCUUUUUUUUUUGUUGUUCCUCUCAGCCGGUGAUCACAGUUCAAGCCCCUCCUGUCCAACAAUGA